AUGCCCACUACGCCCCCUGAGACCCCCUCCUUGCCUUUGCUCGCUACACAGGCCACCCCAACGUCCUCAACGACCACAUCUACCCUACUUAGCUCGCCGACCUGUCAAGCGGGCUGCUCACAGGCCACCUCUCUGCUCGCAUUGAUCCACCACCGCCUACUGAACCUGGCCGAUUUACUGAAGGCCCGACUGCACAGGCCCCUCUUGCCUGUCCCUCGCCUAUCCCCGCCUCAAACUCAUUGCCUCGCCCCCCGGCUCCUUUUACACCCGUUGAUUCCCCCGCCAAUGGCCAAACAGUCGCGCCGUUGCCACAUCCCCCUUCCACUCCAAAUCCCAACUCCCCGCCACCCUCUCCUUACUGCUUAG